GCAAAACACAGCCAGACGGUUUCAGGAGACCAAAUGCCAGCUUCAUUGAAAAAGCUCGGUUAUCGAGAAUAGAGACAGGAGGGACAGACGUUUCCAGUGUGCAGACACACACAUAACAAUACACAGAAAACUCUGGGGAACUCGGGGAAAAGGACAUUUUCACAGCCUCAAGAACUUCGGUAGGAGAAAGCAGAAAGAAGACCAAUCGUUUCAAAUAUAAAUCAAGGACAGUGGACACGCGGGAGUUGAUUAUUCAUUCCGAUAACUUGUGGAAUUAUAAGGGUAACAAAAAAAUUCAAAAACUACCUCUCCGCCAUUUCAUAUUUGUAUUAAAUUGUUCAUUUUCUUUUUAAUUGUAUUUUAUCACCUGUCCUCUGAAGAGCUGACAGCCAGACGGUGUAGUAGAAUUGCAGUGCAGUGCGUAAAGAAACUGAACGCAGCACCAGGAGACGGAACAGCUCACUGCGUUUACCAACAAGAGACAGUGAGGAGGAGUGAGAGAGAGAGACAGACUGAUUUUUUUUGUAUUCUUGUAUUUUUAUAUCAUAUUUAUUAAUUUAUAGCCUACGCGAACAUAUUUAUUUUUUUCCAAUUGUUGGUUCUGUUUGGGUCAGAUUUUUUUUCUUCAUUUUUUGGAAUAUGGUUGGGGAAAUGGAAUCGAAGGAGAAACCUAAGCCCACCCCAGACUAUCUCAUGCAGCUCAUGAAUGAUAAGAAACUGAUGAGCAGCCUUCCCAACUUCUGCGGGAUUUUUAACCACCUCGAACGGCUGCUUGAUGAAGAAGGCAGCCCGCCCUCCGGCCUCUCUUUCCCCGCCUCCUCUUCACGCAGAACACUGGGGUCUGGGCUUAUUCCCGAGGGAGCCGUAUAUCCUCUGCCUUGGGCUCAUCAGAGUCGUGAAAGAAGAAAAAGGAUUCUGCUAGUCCGUGAGAUCAGCCGGGUGCGUAAGGACAUGUACAACGACACGCUAAACGGCAGCACAGAGAAGCGGAGCAGCGAGCUCCCUGACGCAGUGGGCCCCAUCGUGCAGCUCCAGGAGAAGCUCUUUGUCCCUGUAAAAGAGUACCCCGAUUUUAACUUUGUGGGCCGGAUCCUGGGACCACGGGGGCUGACAGCCAAGCAGCUGGAGGCAGAGACAGGAUGUAAAAUCAUGGUGCGCGGGAAGGGCUCCAUGAGGGACAAGAAGAAGGAGGAGCAGAACCGAGGAAAGCCCAACUGGGAGCACCUCAAUGAGGACCUGCAUGUCCUGAUCACGGUGGAGGACGCUCAGAACCGCGCUGAGAUCAAGCUGAAGAGGGCCGUGGAGGAGGUCAACAAACUACUGGUGCCUGCGGCGGAGGGAGAGGACAGCCUGAAGAGGAUGCAGCUGAUGGAACUGGCCAUCCUCAACGGCACCUACCGAGACGCCAACAUCAAGUCACCUGCCCUUGCCUUCUCUUUUGCAGCGAACGCCCAGGCGCCCCGCAUCAUCACCGGCCCCGCCCCUAUGCCCCAGAAUGCCCUGCGCACGCCCACCCCGGCCGGCCCCACCCUAAUGCCCCUGAUCCGACAGAUCCAGACCUGCAUGCCCAACGGCUCGCCCCACCCGGGCGUCAUGACCCAGGGUCCCGAGGCGGGCCUUAUAUACGCGUCGCCCUACGAUUACCCCUACACGCUGGCCCCUGCCACCUCCAUCCUGGAGUACCCCAUCGACUCCAGCGGGGUGUUAGGUGCAGUGACUACUAAAGUUCGAAGGCACGAACUGCGGGUCCAUCCUUACCAAAGGAUAGUGACCGCAGACCGAGCCGCCACUGGCAACUAACCCCUGACCUUCUGACCUCUGAACUCUUCACACACGAUGACCUGGCCAUUGCCUGCCCGCAGAUCAGUUCUCCGGUAGAAAGAAAGAACACAUAAAGCAGCCUUGGCUUGUUACAGUCAGUCAUGGCACAGCUUCUCAUCAGCCGAAUAAUGGACACACUAUAAUGGCUUGGCGGGCCACUCCUGCCUGUCCUGUCUGCUUAAUAGGGGGACUGACCCUGGCUCUAGACCUGCACUGAAUCAUUGUUAAGCAAUAAGGUCUGAAAUGCCCCCUCUGAGCAUCACUGAACGAGUCCCCAGCCAGGCAACUUCCAAACACACCACACCAUACUCUAAAACACCCUGGUAACGGCUGGUCGCCUCAUCCGGACUGAAGAUGAAGAAGGUUGGCACCCUCCCACGCCUCCGACCGCCCAAACCCACCGUACGCAUGUCGCCCAGGUGACUUUCCCACUGUCAUGGUAACGGAGCUGGCUCUGAAUGUAUAGCAGCGCGGUGAGGCCUUCCCGAGCAGAGUGCAUGCACCUCUCUCUGUCUCUCUGUCUCUCUCUGUCUCUCUGUCUCUCUCUCUCUCUCUGUCUCUCUCUCUCUCUCUCUCUUUCUCUCUCUGUCCACCCAUAUAUCCUUGCCAACUGAUUACCCCUCUCCCUUCACUGACUCUCUAUGAAAUCCUGGUUCUGUUAUGAAAUGGAAAUUGAGGGGGGUUCAUUCUAGCAGGACUUGAAGAGAGACUAGGGGUCAAAAAGAGUAUCAAGCGUAUAGAAGGUGGAGUACCUGUCCCGUUACCUGGCAUUGUUGUUGUUUUUCUACCAUGAAGGAAGAUCUUGCAGUCAACUGUUUUUUUUAGGAUGUAAAAGCCAUGCUUGCCUAUCUGCUGUACAAAUGUAUUGAAAUUGUAGAUACAUGUGUAAAAAUGGGGGAGAGAAUACCUAUGUAAAGAAAAUAGACACUUUUAUUAUACAUGGGUGCUCAUGGCAAAGAGAAAUAUCUAUUUUUCAAAAACAUAGUCUUUUAUAUCUUCAAGUAUUGUAAAGAGAAAUUAAAAAUUAAACCCUUUAUGUCAUGAAAACAAUCCUGUUUUAUUUCUGUGGAUGGAGAGGUGAAGACCAAAACAACCUUUCAUUUGAUUUCGGGGUUGAGCAUUUAACUGAAGUGGAAAAACAACAAAGUGCCUUAUUAUGGUUUCUGAUAUCUGAAUGUGUCAUCCUCAGCCUUUAAGCUGCAGGCCAGGUCAGUACACACAGUCUGUCAGCCACAGAGAUGCCCUUAGACGGAGUCAGUCACCUCAGCCUUGUUGCUACACUAGUCAGACACAGUAGGUCUCCUUCCACCAUCAUUUAAGUGUGACUCUAGGUAGGUACUUUUUGGUGGCUCCAUAGAGUAGUAAUAUCAGUUAUAUAUUAGUAAUAUACCAAUUGUGUCGGAGUCUAGGUCAUUAGACCCUUUGGUACUAUGUCCUAAAGCAGGGAUCAUCAACUAGAUUCAGCCACGUGACAAUUUCUUUUUAAGUGGAUGGUCAGGGGGCUGGGACAUAAAUACAAAUCAUUUGUAGACUGCAAAUGUACUGCAAGAAGCCCAAACAGAAAUCAUAUUUGACUAAAACAUAAUAGUUUCAAACCUUGCUCACAUUUAUAUAUGAUCACAAAUAUCACUCUAUUAUGUGUGGUAAUACUUUGGAAGAGAUGUCCAAAAUUAAAAUCACUUGGAGCUGAUUUGCCUGUUUUUACAGUCUUGUGGGGCCAAUUAAAAUCCCCUGUGGGCCAAAUUCAGCCCGCGGGCCAGUUGGGUAACCCUGUCCUAAAGGGACAAAUAUAUGAUAAAAGAGAGCUGUAACAUGUUCAGUUCGUAUCUGAACUGAGAAAAGGAUUGGUAUUACACUGUGACGCCCCUGAGACUCCAGUUGUCUUUGUCUGUUGAGGAUGGACUCAUGCCAGUUCCUAGGUUUUACACACAAGGACAUCUUGACAUGCAUCGUCUUUACAGUUAGUAGUGUUAGAAGUGUCAUUUUGGACUGCCUUAUGUAGGAGUUGUCAUUGGCAUAGACAUCCCACUACCCGUGGAGCUGACAUCCCACAUCCCUCUACCAUGAUCUAUCUCUCGACCACCUAUCCCAUUAGAUGAGGACGUGUCUGUUUCUGCCCUCCUGAUUUACUUCCUAUAAAGGAGUAUUGGGUCUGGAGUCUUACUGCUGACUCGACACGUGCUGUGUUAAUUGGAGGAGAAGGGUUUAUGUCAUUGUGGUACCUAGUGAUUGACUGUAAAGCCUGUGUGUACUUCCUGGUCUGCACCAAAAGAUUGCUCCACAUCCCCCUCUUUAUUUACUAUGCAACAGAAUGGCCUCUGGUGGUGUAUGAAGAGUUUCUGUGUCUCAGAUUGUCUUCAUGCGUGCCAUUUCUUUUCAGUUACAGUAUUUAUGUUUGCGAAAUGAUUCUGCAGUGCAAUUGCAUACGAUUAUAAUCCAUUAUGAAUGAUGAAUACGUAUGGAUUCUCAAUCAUUAAUAUGAUACGUGUUAUUAUCAUUGUUAUCGGAAGUCAUUAUUAUAUAAGACAAUGGAUUGACUUUGAAGCGAGGCGAAUAUGAAUAUUUGACAUAUAAUCGUACUGGUGAUAAAAGAAUGGUAGCAAACAAAUGGUUUCCUUGGUUGUGAGUGAAGAGACAUCAGAACCAAUAUAGAAUGGCAUCCCAUCCCUUAGUAAUGUUACUGUUAUGCUAUUAUCAGAGAUUUUUUUUGUUAUCUGUGUCAUUUUGACAGCAUUAUUCUUGACCUGGUGUGGUUAUUUUUUCUGAGUGUGCAAAUCAAGCGUGUUAUUCUGUAGGACCCCAUGCUGUCGAACAACUGAUCCUGUUAGCAUUUACUCCAUGGAUGGUGUGUGACCAUACCCAAAUGAUUUCCUAUGAGAAAACAAUAUGUGUAUUUGCAGCCAUUGUUACAAGUUUAUAAUGUAUUUUUCUAUCUUGUUUUAUAUGUGUGUAAGAAGAAGAAAAAUGUUAAAUGACUUACAUAAACGACAAAAGCAGCUACGUUAUUUGUUUGAUUUUGAGAUUCUUUGUAGUUUAUUAAAUCUGGGUUUUUUUUGUCUCCCUAAUCCUGGUCCUGGGGAACCAAAGAGGUGCACACAUGAUUCCUCUAACGACCAACUCAUCAUAAAACCUUUGAUUAGUGGAAUCAGGUGUGUAGUGCAAAUAUGUGCACCCCUUUGGGCCCCCAGGACCAGGAUUAAGAAACACUGCAUUAAAUUGACUCCUUGACCAAGUCUUAUCUCUAUUACUGACUCAGAUCAUUUAACUUUUUCCUUUCCUCCCGUGUUUUGUUGUGACGUGUUAGACUUAGCCAGUAUUAUUUAAUAAAUGAUUCCAAACAGA